ACAAGUAUAUAGCUCAGUAAAAAUAAAUGACAUCGACCAACACAGGAUUACCUCCAAGCUGGACAGUUCGUGUCUCGCGUACACACAACCAGGAAUAUUUCUUCAACCAAGCCACAAAAGAAUCGUCUUGGGAUGCACCAUUUGGCACUGACCAAGAAGUUUUGAGUGAAUACUUGAAGAAGUUUAAAGCCAAUGGUUACAAGCCUGUAGUUGGAGACGAUGGUAAGGUCAGAAUCUCUCAUUUGUUAAUCAAAAAUAAUCAAUCCAGAAAGCCCAAAUCCUGGAAGUCGCCUGAUGGAAUAACCACAACCAGAGACGAGGCCAUCCAGAUCUUGAAGAAACAUUUAGCUAGAAUUUUGAACGGUGAAGUAAAAUUGAGCGAAUUGGCCAAGACGGAAAGUGAUUGCUCUUCACAUAGUGUUGGAGGGGACCUUGGAUUCUUUGGAAAGGGACAAAUGCAACCUAAAUUCGAAGAAACUGCCUACGCAUUGCAUGUCGGUGAAGUAAGCGAUAUAAUUGAAACUGAUAGUGGUGUUCACAUUCUUCAAAGAACAGGUUGAUAAGUGAUACCACUUUGAAGUACAAGCCGAGAUAAAAUUUAACGAAAUAAAAGUGUUAGUUCUAUUCGAUAGUUAAUUAAAUAGUUAGUGAAUACAUAUUGAACGGGAAAUAAACCUUAUGAUGUAGGACAUAUAUAGUAAUUAGUUUUACGAUAGAAUGGUUCAAUAGAUUCUAUAUAGACAAAUACGGCCGUCAAAUUAAACGAGGCAGUGCAACUAUUAAAAGGUUCAAUGAAAAUUUAUUCUCUCAGUUAUUGAAGUAAAAAUGAGAUCAUUAACUCCGCAUGUUUGCAAAUUAUGAUUCAUAGAAUAUUGGGAGGGUGUAUAGCGCCAUGGACUGGUACGGCCAUAUAUGCCGGU